GACAUGACGUGGUACAAAAAUUGUUGUUUAUAUAGUGAGCAAUGCCAACCGGUACAGUAGUCACCAAGUAAAUUGUUCUAUUAAAAAAAAAAUGUCAAACCUGUCCCAUUAAACAACCGGUUAAUUCUGAUAAUAAAAACUCUGAAUCCAAAUUCUACUUUGUAUCAUUUUCGUGGCUCAGUGACUUAAUUACUCCCUAAUUACAUAUUUGUAAUUAAGAAUCAUGUUGGAUCAAAGUGUCAUCGGUCUUUGCAUCAUUGUUGGGCUAGCGGGAGUAUUUAAUUUUUCAAUUCACAAAAUUGAUGAAGGUCAUGUUGGUGUUUACUUUCGGGGAGGCGCAUUAUUACCGCAAGUUAGUCAGCCAGGUUUUCAUAUGAUGGUUCCAUUGUUGACGACAUUUAGGUCUGUACAAGUGACUUUACAAACUGAUGAAGUUAAAAACGUUCCUUGUGGUACCAGUGGCGGUGUCAUGAUAUAUUUCGAUCGCAUUGAAGUUGUUAAUAUACUAGAUUCUAAUGCUGUGUACAAUAUGGUAAGAAAUUUUACUGCUGAUUAUGACAGGACGUUGAUCUUCAAUAAAGUCCACCAUGAACUUAAUCAGUUCUGUUCAAUCCAUACCCUCCAUGAAGUGUACAUCGAUUUAUUUGAUCAAAUUGAUGAGAACCUGAAGAACGCGCUACAGAAAGAUUUAAAUGAACUGGCGCCAGGUCUCAGUAUCCAAGCGGUUCGUGUGACCAAACCUAAAAUACCCGAGACAAUACGAAAGAACUACGAGUUGAUGGAGGGCGAAAAGACCAAGCUGCUGAUAUCAACUCAGCACCAGAAGGUGGUUGAAAAAGAUGCUGAGACUGAUCGUAAGAAAGCUCUGAUUGAAGCUGAGAAAGAGUCGCAAGUCGCGUCGAUUCAGUACAACCAGAAAAUAAUGGAGAAAGAAUCUUUGCAACGCAUGGCUUCGAUUGAAGACGCGAUGCAUUUAGCUCGUGAGAAAAGUCGCUCGGAUGCUGACUAUUAUCAGAUGAAGCGACAAGCGGAAGCUAAUCAGAUACUCCUUACUAAAGAGUUCCUGGAGCUCAAAAAAUAUGAAUCCUUAGCGAAGAACGCGAAGAUUUACUAUGGCCAGGACAUUCCGAAGAUGUUUGCCAUGGGCGGGUGCUCUAAUGAUCCAAGUCUAGGCACUCAUACUAAUGUAGAGCUUGAUAAAAACGAUUGAAAUUAAACCUCUUAUUAAUUUAUUGUUAAUUUUUUUAUUUUGUUUUUGAUCUACAUCUCAUUGAUACCUGAUAAUAAUAAUAAUUAAUUAAUUAAUUAA